AUGUGUAACUUCGCAGUUGCUUCAGAGCACAAGGAUGAUUUAAUUUUGUAUGGCAAAUCAAGUUUUUUACUGGGAAAUGCCCAGAUUGUGGAUUGGCCUGUAGUUUAUAGUAAUGACGGUUUCUGUAAACUCUCUGGAUAUCAUCGAGCUGACGUGAUGCAGAAAAGUAGCACUUGCAGUUUUAUGUACGGGGAACUGACAGACAAGAAGACAAUUGAAAAAGUGAGACAGACUUUUGACAACUAUGAGUCAAACUGCUUUGAAAUUCUCCUGUACAAGAAAAACAGAACCCCAGUUUGGUUCUAUAUGCAGAUUGCGCCCAUAAGAAAUGAACACGAAAAAGUUGUUUUAUUCCUGUGCACUUUUAAAGACAUCACUUUGUUCAAGCAACCUAUUGAAGAUGAUUCAACUAAAGGUUGGACAAAGUUUGCUCGGUUGACAAGAGCUUUAACGAACAGCCGGAGUGUUUUGCAGCAGCUAACGCCAAUGAACAAAGCUGAGGUGGUGCACAAACAUUCAAGAUUAGCUGAGGUUCUCCAGCUUGGAUCUGAUAUUCUUCCUCAGUAUAAACAAGAAGCUCCAAAGACUCCCCCCCACAUUAUUUUACAUUAUUGUGCUUUUAAGACCACCUGGGACUGGGUCAUCUUAAUUCUAACCUUCUAUACAGCAAUUAUGGUUCCUUACAAUGUCUCCUUCAAAACAAAGCAGAACAACAUCGCCUGGCUGGUACUGGACAGCGUGGUGGAUGUUAUUUUUCUGGUUGACAUUGUUUUAAACUUUCAUACAACCUUUGUUGGCCCUGGCGGAGAGGUUAUAUCUGAUCCCAAACUCAUAAGGAUGAACUACCUGAAAACGUGGUUUGUGAUAGACCUUCUGUCCUGUUUACCUUACGAUAUCAUCAAUGCCUUUGAGAAUGUGGAUGAGGGGAUCAGCAGCCUCUUCAGUUCCUUAAAAGUGGUGCGUCUUCUACGACUUGGUCGUGUUGCCAGGAAAUUGGACCAUUAUCUAGAAUAUGGUGCUGCAGUACUGGUGCUGUUGGUCUGUGUAUUUGGACUAGUGGCCCACUGGCUAGCCUGUAUAUGGUACAGCAUUGGGGAUUAUGAGGUGAUCGAUGAAGUCACUAAUACAAUCAAAACAGAUAGCUGGCUCUACCAGUUGGCACUGAGUAUCGGGACCCCAUAUCGGUACAAUACUACCGGCUCAGGGCAGUGGGAAGGAGGACCCAGUAAAGACUCAUUGUACAUAUCCUCUCUCUACUUUACCAUGACAAGCCUUACAACAAUAGGAUUUGGAAACAUUGCUCCUACCACUGAUGGAGAGAAGAUUUUUUCAGUAGCCAUGAUGAUGGUUGGCUCUCUUCUAUAUGCAACAAUUUUUGGAAAUGUCACCACCAUUUUCCAGCAAAUGUAUGCUAACACCAACCGAUACCAUGAGAUGCUGAACAAUGUGAGGGAUUUCCUAAAAUUAUAUCAAGUCCCAAAAGGCCUUAGCGAACGAGUCAUGGAUUACAUUGUCUCAACAUGGUCCAUGUCUAAAGGGAUUGACACAGAAAAGGUCCUUUCCAUUUGCCCCAAAGACAUGAGAGCAGAUAUCUGCGUACAUCUGAAUCGGAAGGUUUUUAACGAGCACCCUGCCUUUCGACUGGCUAGCGACGGCUGUCUGCGGGCCUUGGCUGUGGAGUUUCAGACUAUACACUGUGCUCCAGGAGACCUCAUCUACCAUGCUGGUGAAAGUGUGGAUGCUCUGUGCUUUGUGGUGUCAGGAUCCCUAGAAGUCAUACAGGAUGAUGAGGUGGUGGCUAUUUUAGGUAAAGGCGAUGUGUUUGGUGACAUCUUCUGGAAGGAAACUACACUGGCUCAUGCCUGUGCCAAUGUACGGGCACUGACUUACUGCGAUUUACAUAUUAUUAAGCGGGAAGCCUUGCUUAAAGUUUUGGACUUUUACACGGCUUUUGCAAACUCCUUUUCGAGGAAUCUCACUCUCACCUGCAAUUUGAGGAAACGGAUUAUCUUCCGGAAAAUCAGUGACGUCAAGAAGGAAGAAGAGGAGCGCCUACGUCAGAAGAACGAAGUAACGCUGAGCAUCCCUGUGGACCACCCUGUGAGAAAACUCUUCCAGAAGUUCAAGCAACAGAAGGAAAUGCGGAAUCAAGGCUCAACACACAUUGAUGCAGAGAGGAACCAGCUCCAAGUGGAGAGCCGCGCCAUGCAGAAUGGGGCUGCCAUCACUGGCACCAGCGUGAUCACGGUGUCUCAGAUCACACCCAUCCAGACAUCCUUGACGUACGUGAAAACCAGCGAGGCAGUUAAGCAGAACAACCGGGAUGCAAUGGAGCUCAAGCCAAAUGGCAACAGUGACCAAAAAUGUCUCAAAGUGAACAGUCCCAUGAGGAUGAAAAAUGGGAACGGGAAAGGGUGGCUCCGACUAAAGAACAAUAUGGGGACCCAUGAGGAGAAAAAGGAAGACUGGAAUAAUGUCACAAAGGCCGAGUCAAUGGGGUUAUUGUCCGAGGACCACAAGAGCAAUGACUCGGAGAACGGGGUGACUAAAAACCCCUUGAGGAAAACAGACUCUUGUGACAGUGGAAUCACAAAAAGUGACCUUCGUUUGGAUAAAGCUGGUGAAACUCGUAGCCCUCUGGAACACAGCCCUAUUCAAGCUGAUGCAAAACACCCCUUUUACCCCAUUCCUGAGCAGGCCUUACAAACCACACUCCAGGAAGUCAAACACGAACUCAAAGAAGAUAUCCAGCUGCUAAGCAGCAGGAUGGCUGCCCUUGAGAAACAGGUGGCAGAGAUUUUAAAAAUACUGUCCGAAAAGAGCGUGUCCCGAAGCUCUUCCCCCAAGUUCCAUUUAUCACCCGAGCUCCCGCCGCAAAUCCCCUGUCAGGAUAUUUUUAGUGUGUCGAGGCCUGAAUCACCAGAAUCAGAAAAAGAUGAAAUCCACUUAUAACAUAUACCUAUGUGUAUAUAUGUAUACAGUAUAUAUGCAGGAGUGUAUAUAUACCCUUAUACAUAUAUAUGUGUGCGUGUGUGUGUGUGUGUGUGUACAGUAAAUAUACAUACAUAUAUAUUUUCACGUGCAUCCAAUAUGACUUGAACACAACAAGGAUUUUGAUAUGUAAAUAUUGCAUG